AUGGAUGCGUUUAAUAAACUCAAACAUUUUGAUGCAUAUCCGAAAACACUGGAGGAUUUUAGAAUCAAGACGUGUGGUGGAGCUACGGUUACUAUCAUAAGUGGGAUUAUCAUGCUUAUCCUGUUCGUUUCAGAGUUACAGUAUUACCUUACAAAGGAGGUCCAUCCUGAACUGUUUGUGGACACUUCAAGAGGAGACAAGCUAAAGAUUAACAUUGAUGUUACAUUCCCUCAUAUGCCAUGUGCCUAUCUUAGCAUUGAUGCAAUGGAUGUAGCAGGAGAGCAACAGCUAGAUGUGGAGCACAACCUGUUUAAACAGAGACUGGACAAAGAAGGCAGACCAGUCAGCACUGAAGCAGAAAAACAUGAUUUAGGAAUUGAUGAUGGUCAGAUUUUUGACACUAGUCAGCUGGAUCCUAAUCGCUGUGAGAGCUGCUAUGGAGCAGAGACUGAAGAAUUAAAAUGCUGUAACACAUGUGAUGAUGUGCGAGAGGCAUACCGACGCCGUGGCUGGGCCUUUAAGACACCUGACACUAUUGAGCAGUGCAAGAGAGAGGGCUUUAGUCAAAAGAUGCAGGAACAGAAAAAUGAAGGCUGCCAAGUCUAUGGUUUUCUUGAGGUCAACAAGGUGGCAGGUAAUUUUCACUUUGCCCCUGGAAAAAGCUUUCAGCAGUCCCAUGUGCAUGUCCAUGCUGUGGAAAUUCAUGAUUUGCAGAGCUAUGGUCUGGACAAUAUCAACAUGACCCAUUUUAUUAAACAUCUUUCCUUUGGAAAAGACUAUCCUGGAAUCAUAAACCCUCUAGAUGGCACCAGCACUGCAGCGCCUCAAGCAUCAAUGAUGUACCAGUACUUCGUGAAAAUUGUUCCAACUAUUUACGUUAGAGGAGAUGGGGAGGUGGUUAAAACAAACCAAUUCUCAGUAACCAGACAUGAAAAAAUAGCCAAUGGGCUUAUUGGAGAUCAGGGGCUGCCUGGUGUGUUUGUGCUGUACGAGCUGUCACCUAUGAUGGUUAAAUUCACCGAGAAACAGCGGUCAUUUACUCAUUUUCUAACAGGGGUGUGUGCCAUCAUAGGUGGUGUUUUCACAGUUGCUGGACUCAUUGAUUCUCUAAUAUACCACUCAGCAAAAGUCAUACAGAAGAAGAUUGAGUUAGGAAAAGCUUCCUAACGACAUCUCUGUAAUCGCACAGACACUUUUGUUUAUUACAGUCUUGAAGACACCUCUGUUUGUUGUGAGGAAAGACACCCAGCUGUUUGUGGCCACAGAUCAGCUUUGAUUUUUGACCUCUCUAUCAGAUACUUACAGCUAGCCUGGGCUUUGACAGUUUUGAAACCAGCAAACGGAUUUUCCUAAGGAUUUGGACUUAUGUAUCUUUUACUUUAGAUGGUAAGACUCCCUUUCAUAUAAAAAAAAACAAAAAAAACCUGUUUUGAAUUUUGACAGGCAAAAGUCCUUAAUUACCCUUGCCCAGUCUGACCACUUUUCUUCUUACUAAAACAUUUGUUUAUUCAGUCAUUAAUUCAUUCAUUUAUUUAUUCAUGUCUGUUUUACCACCACUUUAUCCUGGUCAGGGUUGCAGUUCUUUGAUUUAUUGAGUGAAAGGCAGGAAAAACCACUGACAGGUUGCCAGUCUAUUACAGGGCAUCUAUUAAAACAUUGUAGCCUCUGUUAGCCAGAUUUGGUGUGUUGAGAACAGAAAUAUAACAGUAAUGUGAACUGAUCUAAACUGACAUCUGUUUUGAACAAUGUUUUUGUCUUUUUUUAAGUCAAUCUCUGUUCCUAAGUUUAAUCUAGAGCUCCUGAUAGGUGCUCAAAUUUUCUGUUCCUCUUGGAAUUCAGCAAUUUUGUGAUGGUGAUUGAAUUUAGAACUCUAAAAUCAAUUUCAGUUUCAAAACCAUGAUCAAUUGCUUUACAACCAAAUCAGUUUAUUAAUUAGUUAAAUUAGUAAUUACAUAAAAGUAGCUUUUAAAAAUAAAUGGUGAAAUAUUCAUUGUAAUUCAGUAUUGUUGUGACUAUGCCCCUCAUGA